UACAAAUCAUUUUUUUCUGUCAGAGUGAAAUUAUUUUUCGUAUAUUAUCACUUUUAUGAAUUAUUACUGAAAUCGUAUAGUGACUUUAUACAAUUUCCUGUCGAUUCGAGCAGAUUUUGUGUGGGACUGCAAUAAACUAGGUUGAAUUUACACAAGUGGUCAGGAUUUUAUUACAUGAGAGCGUUCAUCAACAGCACACCGUGCUGAAGUGUUUUGAUAUGUGCGUGUCGAAUGUUACACAGUGAAUAUGUCAAAAAACUGCAACAGAGUUGAGAUUGAGGACUAUGAUGAGUGUGAGGAGUUGCUGGAAAACAUAAAUAAUGGUAGAACCCGCACCACGUGUGGAGCCCUUAUCGUGCGGGUUAAUGAGUAUUUAAAGAAGCCGCUGAUUGAACAUGACUUGACCGGGAUUCUAAACAAUUACCUAGGAGUUUUGCAAGAGUCUGGCAUUUAUAUACAGAAUGGCAUCUUCAACACAAACUUUGCUGAAGCUGCAUUGCUUUUGCAGGGGUCUGUACAGCUAUAUGGGAAGAAGGUUGACAUGCUGUGGGAUUUUGUCAUUGAGUACCUGAACAGGAACAUGUUAUAUGAAGAGAAAACUGAUGAAAAUAAAGAUCAAUUUGAACUUCUCGAGGAACGUAAGGAGAAAUUCAAACGCAAACGUAAAAUUCUAGAAGAGAACGAUGAUGAACAGAAGCAAAAAAGCUCAAGGAAAGCUUUUGUUGUCGAUAAAUCCGCGGCUAAUAUUCAAGGAAUGAACUUUGAAGAUUUCCAGCAAUAUAUGAUAACUGACCAUUCUUCCACUUCGAAUCACACCACAAAGACAUACGAAGAAAAUUGGGCGGAACGUUUGGCUACUUCUAACGCGUCCAUCCUGGACAACAAACUUCGAAAUGGUAACUGCGUCCCGUCCGAAAACUCCCCAGAAAACCAAAUGAUAACCAACCUCAACAGUAUUAUCUCACAUGGCAGCGCCGCUUUGCAAUAUGACCUAACAGAAUUCAACAUAUACGGUGAAAGGGAACCCAUGGGAGACUACGGUACAUCCUCGUCUUUCGAUCAGAUUAACCGUGAAAUCGCAUCACAACAUCGUCAAGUCCAUCAGAAUAAUAUACCAGACUCACAAGUAGCACGUGAUGAUGUGCAGGAUGUUGUACUACAAAAAUGGCUCACGGGGAAGUCAAUGCGAGUUGAUCAAGUAUACGCAAAGUUGCAAGAAUUUAAUACGGAGGUUGAACUGACUUUGAAAAGUUUAUACAAACUUGCAACGAAGAUAAGUGAAGAUGGCGGAGAGAGGCUGACUUGUUUUUAUCAACAACCCGCCACUUCAGUAAGUCUGGUUGAUGAUAACAAUGGGGAUGAUUUGAUUGCGGCAAGAGAAAGCACAGAAAGUUCUUUGAGAUGCAGCACGCCUCUCAUUGAAAGCGAGAUUAAUGCCACAAAUGAUAUUAAUAAGGAACUGGGAGAGAUGAUGGAGAAGCGCAAUGGUUCCAUUCGGAAGACGAUGGAUAGUGACCUGGAGUCAGGAGUGUUUGAUUCAUGCAGUAUUUCGACGGAGCAAACUCCAGUCAAAGGAGCAUUGAGUGUCAUCUCUGACGGCAUCGGAAUGGACAGCCCAUUAUCUCCGCAGAUUGCAGAUGAUAGUCGAACGGCUUCGCCGGUAAAUAUAGCAACAUUGUCGGGUUUUCCAAAUGAUGUGACUGUUAUCGAGGAAGUUGCUACAGAGAAAUGUGAACCGAAAGGACGAAGAGCUCGGAAAAAAUUAAAUAUGGAUGAUAUGGAUUUCAAUGAAGAUGUAUUAAAAAAGCCCAAAAAAUCACAACGUAUUAAAGAACGCAUGUUACCAGUGAUAACUGCUAAGUUGGCAGACUUUACAAAGUUUUUCAUCCAACAUUACACACCCGCAGAUGGUGAAGGUGAAUUGGAACCGUUCGAAGAGGAUUCAGAUAAUGAUGAAGAUGAAGUAUUGGGAGAUUUACCAGAUUUUGACGAUUCCGCAAUGGAGACAUCCAUGACUUUUAACACUACCGACGUAUCCACAUUUUCUGAUUCUAUUAAUGUCUCUUCAGAGGAAAUCCAAACCGACACAACACCGAUAACCGCUAAUUCACCAACGAAUGAAACAUCUUUUGCUGACAUCAUGUGUAAUGAUGCAGCAACACGUCUGAAACAUGUUCUCGAGUGGCGUAAGUUUAUCAUGGAAAAGAUCAGCAAAAAGAAGUCGGAUUUCGAUAUCCAUCAGGAGGAAACUAAUAUCAUUGAGAGUGUUGGUGAGGUGGGUAAGUCUGCGAAGUAUCGCGACAUGUGCGCUGGUAAGACUUCUGCGGAAGUGUCGCAUAAUUUUAUCGCGAUGUUGCAUCUGGUCAACACGCAUAACGUAAGCGUGAGUGGAGUUAAAGCGGGACGGUUGUCAGACGAUUCAUUGGAGAUCAAACUUUUGUCUACGGAUAGGCAUCAUGAGCAUUUAGACGAGUACAAUACUUCGACCGCUGAGGAGAUGCAAGAGAAGAUGAUUUGUAUUAAUAAAGCGCUCAAACGACAGAAUAGUGCUGGUAGCAUGCGCAAAUCGUCGAAAAAACUAAAAGUAUAAAAGAUCUCGAAGAUUGUAUAUAUUUCCAGUGUUAGCUGUAAAUAUUUUAUAAUCAUUUUGAAAUGUACAAACAUUUAUCACACUAAAACGUUUUCAAUGAUUAUACAUAAAAUAUUUCAAACAUUGAAGACGUUUUCCGUUAGAUUGAUAGAGAAACUAGCAGUAAGUGUUUGUAAAUUAAGAAAUUUUCAAAAUGUAAAGGAUUUUCAAUGAUUCUUUUCAAAUUAAUGUUGAAAUCAAGUUAAAUUCUAUUCAAUAAUCGACACUUGGUCAAAAAAAAUGAAGCAUUAUCUAAUCGUUUCGACAACUCAUACAAAACCUAACAUUGUAGACUCUUAUUGCUUUAUACUGCCUGCAUUUUAUUUAUUAUACCAUUUUUUAUGGCUUUUAUGUAUGACCAUGUUUAUAUACACACAUACUUCAUUCAUUUAUAGUGAAAGAAAGCUUUAUUAAAAUCAAAUCUUGAUCAAGUGUGAUUAUAUUCCGAGUUUCACGUAAAUUUUAAGGACUCUUGAAGUAAAAUAUUUUUGUAAUGAAAGAAUAAUAUACUAAAUAAUAAUGUUGCACGUAUUUUGUCCAAUUCAAACACAUUUAUGGUAUACAUAAAGAGCACUCUAGUGUGCAACAAAUUGCAUUGAAUAUAAUUAUUAUUUUGUUGUAGGUUAUUUCCAUUCCAGCUAAUUUAAUUUUAUUAAACUCAUCUGAAUGUAGCACAUACAGAAACGGAUUCAUCAAAAUUGUAUAAGAAUGUUUUAAUUUAUGAAUGUAUGAUUAAAUUUGUUGUUGAAGCAA